AUGGCCCCAAUCAUGCUGGCCUUUUCUAGGACCCUAAAACUCUGGUUUUAUGCCCAUGCUUGGAGUUCGUACCGCGCACCACCUUGUUCUUUAUGUAACGACCCCUGUCAGGAAGGAUACAGCAAGGUCAAAAAAGAAGAGAAGUCAUUUUGCUGCUAUGAUUGUCUUCCAUGUCCAGAGGGGAAAAUAUCAAAGGAGAAGGACAUGGCUGAUUGCUCUCUGUGCCCAGACGAUCAUUAUCCAAACCCUGAAAGAAAUUUAUGCCUUCCAAAGCAGAUUAGCUUUUUAUCCUAUGAAGAACCCGUGGGGAUUUGUCUUACUGCUCUUUCUCUUUGUUUUUGUUUUAAGACCAUUUUGGCGCUUAACAUUAUCAUUAAACAUAAAGAUACUCCCAUUGUCAAAGCCAAUAACCGGAAUCUCACCUACACGCUCCUUGUUUCUCUCCUACUCUCCUUCCUUUGUGUAUUUCUAUUUAUUGGGAGACCCAACAAAAUUCUGUGUCUGCUUCGUCAACCAGCUUUUGGGCUCAUCUUCUCUGUGGCAGUUUCUUGUGUAUUGUCCAAGACCUUUGUAGUGGUUCUAGCAUUUAUGGCCACCAAACCCGGCUCCAAAAUGAGGAAAUGGGUGGGUGGAAGAAUGGUCACUUUUAUUCUUUUUUCCUGCUCCCUUGUUCAAACCACUAUUUGUAUAGUAUGGUGGACAAUUUUUCCACCAUACCCAGAUGUUGAUAUGAAGUCAAUGUCUGAAGAAGUCAUCCUGGAGUGCAAUGAGGAAUCGAUCAUGUUCUACUGCGUUUUGGGAUUUAUGGGCCUCCUGGCUAUGAUCAGCUUCUCUGCUGCUUUUCUAGCUAGGAAGUUACUUGACAGUUUCAAUGAAGCCAAAUUCAUCACCUUCAGCAUGUUGGUCUUUUGCAGUGUUUGGCUUUGCUUUGUUCCAACUUAUUUAAGCACUAGGGGAAAAUAUAUGUUGGCUGUGGAGAUCUUCUCCAUGAUCUCCUCCAGUGCUGGAUUAUUAGUGUGUAUCUUUUUUCCCAAGUGUUUUAUCAUUGUAAUUAGACCUGAACUGAACGAUAAGCAUCAGUUAAUGAAAAGAAAAUUAUAA